GGCACUGCCUGGCCCCAACCAUGUCAUGCAUCCACUACAAAUUUGCUUCCAAGCUCAGCUAUGACACUGUCACCUUCAACGGCCUCCACAUCUCCCUCUGCGACCUCAAGCACCAGAUCAUGGCCCGUGAGAAGCUGAAGGCGUCCAACUGCGACCUGCUGGUGACCAAUGCCCAGACCAAGGAAGAAUACACAGAUGAUGAUGCCCUGAUUGCUAAAAACUCCUCAGUAAUCGUUAGAAGGAUCCCAGUUCUGUAAGUAUCCCUCAAGAGUUCCCUGAUCACCUUUAUUUCUUCUUCCAGAGGUCAAACGGAGCCAGCGUGUGGAACAUCAACAGCAGUAUGUAACAACACCAUCUCAGACUAUUUUCU